AUGUCCGCGGAAAUUCCUCAGGAACCGACAGAUACUGCCGCAGAUGAGCCUAAGGUAUUCCAAAACGUCGAAGACGAUGCCAACGUCGAGGACGAUCAGGGCGACCACCUCUCUGAUAUCAAAGGCGAUCUAGUCGAUGAAGUUGACAACAAGGAUUCACCAGGAGAGAACAGCGAGUCCGGCGAAAACAAAGAUGAACGAAAACCGCUCAGUUUAUACCCAGAAGGGCUCAGUCCAAAUCUCUUCUCGCAUACGCUCUUCAAUCCUUCCUUCACGCUGCCGUAUUUAUCGAGUUUAUAUAAUGGAGGACUUCCAGGUGCCACGCCAGAGCUCGGCAAAGAAGGACUUAUGCCCGGCCUUAACCCUUUCCAGUCUUCAAUCAACCCUUGGGCCAGCUACCAAGGUCUUGGCGGUCUUCGCUACCCAUUCCCUGGCCUUCGACCUCCCGGGCUGCAAGGCGCCUUUGGUCACUUCCAGAAUCCAGCUGCUCAGAACCUAAACAAAGAAAGAGAACAAAUCGUCAAACAAGAAGCAAAACCAAAGUCGAAAAAACCUCACAUCAAAAAACCACUCAACGCGUUUAUGCUGUAUAUGAAAGAACAGAGAGCCAAAGUCGUUUCGGAAUGUACGCUGAAAGAAUCAGCUGCUAUCAACCAGAUCCUCGGCCGAAAGUGGCAUGCGCUGAACAAAGAAGAGCAGCAAAAGUAUUAUGAGAUGGCGCGUAAGGAGCGCGAGAAGCACAUGGUCAUGUAUCCCGGUUGGUCGGCGCGUGACAAUUAUGGAAAGCGUAAAAAGAACAAGGACCAGCCAGGCAACGCGCAUAUGGAAGAAAAGCGGCGUAAAAGCCAAAGCUCGGGCAGCUCGUCCCAUCAGCAUUCCGUCGAUAACGGGUAA